CAGGCAUUCCAUUUCAUAAAAUCACCUCUAAAAAGGAAAACCACGCUUCUUCUGUCCUUCAAUUCAUUCUUCUGGGAUUUUUUGACCACUCCAGCCUGCAGGGCCUGCGCUUCACAGUAUUCCUGGUCAUCCACCUCGUGCUUCUCGCAGGGAACAGCCUGAUUGCACUCAUCCCGGCGGUGGACUCGAGCCUCCACAGCCCCAUGUAUUUCUUCCUGAGGAACUUGUCCUUCCUGGAGAUCUGCUACACGCCCGUCACCCUGCCCAAAAUGCUGGUGGGUUUCCUGACGGAAGACGGCAGGAUCUCCUUCCUGGGCUGUGCUGCCCAGCUGGAUUUCCUGGUUUUGCUGGGCAGCGUCGAAUCCCUUCUCCUGGCUGCUGUGGCCUGUGACCACUACGUGGCCAUCUGUGACCCCCUGCACUGCACCCUCGUCGUGGGCAGGGGUCUCUGCAUCAGGCUGGUGGUGGGGUCGUGGGUGGCUGUCACACCAGUGCAAGUAGGACAGACCUACCAAGUGUCUGCUUUGCCCUGCUGUGCAUCCCAUGACCUCCACCACUUUUUCUGUGACUUCCCCUCUCUGCUGGAACUGGCCUUCACUUUCGGGAACCAAGUGGUGCUGUACACCAUCAUCCUGGUAUUCACAGUCCUUCCCUUCUCCUUAAUAGUUAUUUCUUACAUGAAAAUUAUCAGGGCAAUUCUGAAGAUACCUUCAGCUCUGGGCAGGCACAAAGCCUCCACCUGCUCCUCACACCUUGAGCACCUGGCCCUGUUUUACACAGUUGUGACACCCGUGUUUAACCCUGUCCUCUACAGCCUGAAGAAUAAGGUAGUGAGAUUUGCCUUGAAGAGACUCUUCUGGACAAAGUGA